GGUGGUGGACACCUUUGCGGAAACCAGGGAGCGGGAUAUGGUGAACAAGGCAGUGGAGAUGGACCAGGACUUGGAAGACGACCAGAGGUUCUUGCAGCGCGUUUUUGACCGGAUCGACGUGAACAUGGACGGCCGGCUGACUUUGGAGGAGCUGAUGGAGGGCGCGCGCAAGGAUCCUGAGCUGCAAAGCCGGCUGCGGGUCAUGGACAUUGACGAGGUGGACCUGGAGCAGCUUUUCGAGAUGCUGGACACUUGCCACGAGGGCAGUGUGGACACCGACACGCUGGUUACCCCGCUGAGCAGGUGGGUCCAUGACUCGAAGACUGCCGCGCGCUUCAUCAAGUACAAUGUUGCAAGGACCAUGAUGCAACAGGAGGAGCUGUAUGACUUCUCGAGGCAGCAUUUCAACUUCCUGGCGACCAGGGUGGAAUACUUGUCCCUGGUGCUUGACAAGCUGACAACCCAGCCACCUGCAGCACCAGCUCAAGAUGCACAGCUGGAGAUGACUCCAAUGAUGACGGCAACGGAUUCUGCGGUUGAGACGCCCCGCCCAUCAACGAUUCCUUGGGUUUCAGUUCUGGUGGAGGAGGCUCAGGCGGUGGCUUUGAAGGCCAAGGAGGAGACUGCGGCGGUGGCCCUGCGCGCGGCUAUAGACAACCUGGAGGACUGGGUGCGGCAGACUUCCAGCCCGCCCGGCGAAGAAAGCAACAUACAUCACACAGAUCGCGACCCUCUGCGGAUGUCCCUGAUCCUGGUGGAGAAUGCUUUGCAGGAUCAAUUGAAGACGCAGAAGCCGGACGAUGGCCGCUGCCUUGCAGAGCGCGCUCGUUUGCGAGGAGCUUCAAGGAAGAAUACCAGCCAACAAAUGCCUACACAAGGUAUGAGAGAGAAAGAACAAUGAUUCUCCAUCUUGUUAGCGCUAAGUUGUACAAUUGCUUCAGAAAUGAUCUUUAGUUACUCUCCGGAGGCCGGCUUUGUCUCCCUAGAAAAAAGCCAGGCAAACUUUUUCCAGCUGUUAGUGCCAGGGAGGUUUUUUGUCUCAAGAGGGGACUCAGGCACUGUUACAUGCUUAUGCCAGUGCGGUGUGAAGCGACCCCUGAUGGGGGAUGCGAAAUCGACCGAGC